AGCAAAACCUCUCAAAAUCCUGCCAUAAUAUGCACACCCUUUUCCAAGACACACAUGUAUAUGCUCACUCUCAGGCACACGUGUGAACACUGAGAUAUAUUAAAAGUGAAAGAGAGUGAGAGACAAGCCUCACAGCUGAGCAGACGUUUACUAGAGAGAAUCAGAGCAGACAACGGUGGACAGCACUGAGCUUUAGUGACCCACUGAAUGAAGGGGACAGCAUGUCAGUCUUCCUGCUCCUCCUCAUCCUCAGCGAGGUCCUGCUCCCCAACCACACCUGUGCAUCCAGAGUGCGCAGGCAGACCACAAAGGUUCGGAUCAGUGCUAUAGGAGACACCAUCAUGCUGAAGUUCCUGCAGCCACACAUGGACACUAAGCUAGAGGGCUACAUCCUGGGCUAUGGCAGCAAUUUGUUCUCCAAGCAGUUCAUCCAACUCCCUGAGGACGGGGAACCAUAUGAAACUGAAAUUGAUGCUGAGCCAAAAUAUCUAGUUGCAGUACAGCCAGUCAAAGGAGAAGACGUGAAGAAACAGUGCACAGGGAAGGAGACUCUGGAAAAGCCUCUGCAUCUGGUGAUUGGCUCUGUGACACCGAACUCUGUUAUGCUCUCCUGGGGCACACUGCUAAAUACUCUUUCCAUUGAAACCAACCUGGAUGACUGCAUUGAGGACGGUCACUACACCGUGCGCUACAGGGAGGAGCCCAAAAAGAAGUGGAACUAUCAGACGUGUCCCACUACAGAUACAAUCAUUGAUCAACUCAAACCAGACACACCAUAUGAGUUUGGUGUCCGAGCAGAGUCUGACAAUAUCAGUGGAGCCUGGAGCCCUCCAGUAAUCUACAACACAGCUGAUAUAGACGUUCAUAAAUCACAGAAGCCUGAGAACAUUCUGAAGCCUAACAGGCCCAUCACCGAAAUCCCUCAAGCUUUUUCCACCUCGGUGCCUGUUCUGCACAGCGUGACUCAGAGCAGACCAGCUUCCCUCCUCAGACUCCCAGCACCUCCUCCUACACAGAGAGUAACUCAAGCGAAAGAUGUAGAUGUAGACAUUCAUAAACCACAGAAGCCUCAGAAUCUUCUGAAGCCUAAGAAGCCCAUCACCGAAAGCCCUCAAACUUUUUCCACCUCAGUGCCUGUUCUGCACAGCGUGACUCAGGGCAGACCUGCUUCCCUCCUCAGACUCCCAGCACCUCCUCCUACACAGAGAGUAACUCAAGACCUUCAUAAACCACUGAAGCCUGAGAUCUAUUUAAGGCCUGAGAAGCCCAUCACUGAAGGCCCUCAGGCUUUCUCCCCCUCAGUCGUGACUCAGAGCAGACCAGCUUCCCUCCUCAGACUCCCAGCACCCCCUCCUACAAAGAGAGUAACUCAAGUUCUGCACAGCGUGACUCGCAGACCUGCUUCCCUCCUCAGACAAACAACACCCCCUCCUAUACCAAGGGUAACUCUGGGAACAGGAAGCGAUGGCAUAAGAACUUCACGUCCUUCUGAAGAUUCUUUGUUCUUGACCCAGACCCUCACCUCAUCUCAUACACCAAUGAGUAAUUUAAAAAACACUAAUAUUCUUCAAACUCACCAUUCUUCUAUAUCAUCUCUUUCAAUUACAACCCAACAACCACUACACACAAACCAAUCCCAACUGACUACAAGUAAAACUCUAUUCAACACACCCAAAACACAGACCAACACAGCCAAAACUGUAUCUAGCACAGGCAAAGCUCAACCCAACUUAACCCAUAAGAAAAGAACCCAACUCCACAACACAGUUCAUCCCCAACAUGAGUCCAGCACAUCCUCAAUCCAACUUAGAACGACCCAGUUCCGACGACACACAGCCAAAUACCCUCUUAGAACACCCCAGCCCAAGCCCGGGUCACCCCAAUCCUAUACAAUUCACCCUCAAACUAGUAUAAACCAGUCCCAACACAGCACAGCCAAAGGCCAACUCAAAAUGACCCAAAACAAGUUUACAACACUUGAACCCAUCACAACUCAGUUCCAACCCCAUGAAACCCAACCCCAAUCUAUAACAUCCCAAACCAAUAUAACUCAUCCCAAACCCAUUGCAACCCAAUCUCCACCUCACACAACCCAAACCCAAUCUAUUACAACCCAAUCCCAGCCCCACACAACUCAACCCCAAUCCACCACAGAACAGUCUCAACCCCACACAACCCAACCCAAACCCUGUGCAACCCAAUCUCCACCCCACACAACCCAACCCCAAUCCAUUGCAACCCAAUCUCAACCCCACACAACUCAAUCCCAAACUAACGCAGUAAAAUACUACCCAAGAGCAGGCCAACCCCAAUCCAGCACAAUCCAGUCUCAACCCAACACAACCCAACCCCAAACCACUGCAGCCCAGUCUCAAACUCAUGCAACUCAAUUCCAAACUAACACAGUAAAAUACUACCCAAGAACAGACCAACCCCAAUCUAGCACAAUCCAGUCUCAACCCCACACAACCCAACCCCAAUCCGUUGCAGCCCAAUCUCAAACCCAUGCAACUAAAUUCCAAACUAGCACAGUAAAAUACCACCCAAGCACAGCCCAACCCCAACCCACCCCAACCCAAUCUCAACCUGACAUAUCCCAACCCAUUACAACACAUUCUCAACCCCACCCAACCCAAUCCCAAAAUAGCACAGUAAUACUCCGCCCAGGAACAACCCAAACUCAACCCACCAUAACCCGAUCUCACCCCGACACAGUGCAAUCUCAACUCCACACAGUUCAACCCCAACCCAUUAAAACCCAAUCCAAUCCAACCAAACACAAAGCAAAAUCCCAAACAAAAACAAUGCAACCCAAAUUGACCAAAACCCAGUCCAAACCCAGAAAAAACCAGCAAAAGCCCAGAGCACCCCAAUCCCGCACAACACAACCCCAACCAACCACAACUCAAUCCAGUACAGCUAAAUACCAACCUAACUUCAGGUCCCAUCAACAGGCUGUCAAAAAUCAACAUCACGAACAUAUAAUUAAGCCAAAAUUUACACAUGAAACCAAUAGUUCCUACCAAUUCAACACAACAUUAAAGGGGUUAAGCACUACUGAAUUCCAACAACAACCUGACCAUCACCCAACAAGUGCCACAAUAAAACAUUCUAACAUCAACACAUGGCAAAAUGGUAAAACUAAGCUUACCCUCAUGAGUAAGCCAAAGCAACCUGUACAAACGCCUUCAGAAAAAUCUAACACCCAAAACUCGCCUUGGGGUGAAAAGAAGCUGGUCAACAAGAUGCUCCCAGUCAGCAAAAUGGCUCCGAGCCAAUCACGGGAUGGACAUCUAACAAAGCCUGUUCUUGUCAGUGGGGCAACGAAUAGGAACAAGGGCCAAGACAUGUCUUCACCUUCUGCUUCUGUGGCACGCACUUCAGCACCUACAGUAACCAAGCGUGUCUCUCCAGUCUCUGUUCCUAAUCCAAUAAGGUUGCCUCCUACCCACUCAAAUUCCUCUAUCAAGAGUACACAGGCAUCCCAUGAUGAGAAGCAUAAGGGGCAGUUAUGGGACAAACCUUACAAGCGGACUAAAAAAAAGCCUGAAUCAAGCAAACGCAAGACACCAAACCAGGUGGACAAAGAUGAUGAUAAAGUAACUGAUCUAAAGCAGGUGGAUGCCAUACCAAUUCUCAAACCUUCAGAAGCUCCUCCUACCACAGAAAUCAAUCAAAGUCCAACACCAACAACUACACCAUUUUUUGCCUUUAAUGGUAGCCGGUAUAACCUGGGUGACAACUCCUCUGUAUUCAGUUCUGUUCCUAUCUCAGAAGUGGACCCAAAGGGAAAGAAACGCUUUGUAGCACCUCAUGUGAUCUAUCAGAUAGACAAGCCUCCAGAGCAACCCUGUUCCGUCACUCACUCUCUCAGCUUCUUCCCUGAUGAGGAGAAUGGAGUAACAAACAUCUCAGGCCCACCCAAGACCCCUCCCACCAACCUCACUGUGGUUACUGUGGAGGGAUGUCCCUCAUUCGUUAUACUUGAUUGGGAGAAAACAGACAAUGAGACAACAGAAUACGAGGUCACUUCCUCUGUUGUAAGUCCAAAUGGACACGUCGUGUCUGUUGUAAAAACCAAUCAGACACAUACAGCUGUGGAGAACCUGAAACCAGAGAGCAGUUACGAGUUCACAGUAACGCCUAAGAAUGAGCUUGGUUCAGGACCUUCCAGUGAGUCGGUAUCCUUCAGCACUGAGUCGGCGGACCCUCGGGUGAGUGAAGUCCCAACUGGUAAAAAUGCCAUCUGGUCCUCAUUCUCAUUUGAUGCAGACUCUUACUCCGAGUGCACUGGAACCCAGUAUGUGAAACGUACAUGGUAUCGCAAGUUUGUGGGAAUUCAGCUGUGCAACUCUCUCAGAUACAAGAUCUACCUAAGUGAUUCACUAAAAGGGAAGUUUUAUAACAUUGGGGAUGAGACUGGAUAUGGAGAGGAUCAUUGUCAGUUUGUUGAUUCCUUCCUGGAUGGACGGACUGGAGUCCUGAUGCCACCACACCAGUUACCACUCAAACAAGGUUAUUUCCGGGCCAUGCGCCAGGAGCCUGUGAAGUUUGGAAAGAUUGGUGGUAGCACCCAGAUCAACUAUGUAGCCUGGUAUGAGUGUGGAGUCCCCAUUCCUGGGUCAUGGUAGGACCCCUGAAGCUGUCUGAGGAUGUGCCCGAUUAGAAUGUAUACAGUGAAAGAUGACAAAACUGACAAUGUAUAAAGAUGUACAGAAAGUGAAAAAAGGAAAAGAAGAAAAACUUCUAUUGAGUGUUAUCUGCAGCAUCUAAUGGCACAUUUAAUGCUUCAUAUUAUUUAUAUGCAGAACAAAUCUAUCAAACAUUUAGAGAAAUAGCAGAGUUUAUGAAAGUACGGGGUAGCAGGCUCCCUGAAUGUUUAAAAUGUGUCUAUUAUUUAUCAAGAAGCUGGGGAUAACGUAUACAGUAAUUUCCUGGCAAUUGGCAAAACUGAUGGCAUAAGCAACAAAAGGAAAUUGGUCAUAUUGUGCAGCUGUAUAAUAUACACACUAAAACACAAGCACCCGAGAUGGAAUUUUAUACAUUAGGUCUAAUACACAUACAUUUGACCAGAAUAAAUUUAGAAAAUAGUUUCAAGAAGUUUUUGUGCAAGUUUUGCACAAAAUAAUUGUAGAUCAUUUGGCAAAUAUAUACCAAUCAGCCAUAAUGUUAAAACCACUGAAGUGAAUAACAUUGAUUAAGUAAUUACAAUGGCACCUGUGAAGGGGUGGGAUAUAUUAGGCAACAAAUGAACAGUCAGGUGUUGAAGAAGAUGUGUUGGAAGCAGAAAAAAAUGGGCAAGAGUAAGGAUCUGAGUGACUGUGACAAGGGCCAAACUGUGAUGGAUAGACAAUUGGGUCAGAGCAACUCCAAAAUGGCAGGUCUUGCGAGGUCUUCUCCGUAUUACUAGUCAGAUUGCACAUGCUGACCCCUGUCCACUGCCAAAAGCGCCUACAAUGGGCAUGUAAGCAUCAGAACUGGACCAUGGAGGAAUGGAAGAAGGAGGCCUGGUCUGAUGAAUCACAUUUUCUUUGACAUCAUUUGGAUGGCUGGGUGCAUGUCACUUACCCAGGGAAGAGAUGGCACCAAGAUGCACUAUGUGAAGAAGACAAGCUGGCAGAAGCAGUGUGACGCUCUGGACCAGGUUCUGCUGGGAAACCUUAGGUCCUGGCAUUCAUGUAGAUGUUACUUUGACACGUACCACCUACCCACCACCUAACAAACAUUGUUGCAGACCAAGUACACCCCUUCAUGGCAAUGGUAUUCCCUAAUGGCAGUGGCCUCUUUCAGCAGGAUAAUGUGCACUGCCAAACUGCAAAAAUUGUUCAGUAAUGGUUUGGAACAUGUCAAAAAGUUCACGGUGUUGACUUGGGCUCUAAAUUCCCCAGACCUCAAUACAAUUGAGCAUCUGUUGGGAUGUGCUGGACAAGUCUGAUCCAUGGAGGCCCCACUUCACAACCUACAGGACUUAAAGGAUCUGCUGCUAACAUCUUGAAGCCUCAACGGGUCAGAGCUGUUUGGAUGGAACAAGGGGGACCUACACAAUAUUAAGCAGGUAGUUUUAGUGUUAUGGCUGGUCAGUGUAUAUGUGUAUAUGUGGAAACGGGGAAUUAAACCCAUUCUUAUUUUGUUUUGUAGCCUCUGAGACUAAUUAUUACAGGGUGUUAACACAAAGAUAAUGAAUGUUGAUUUAUUGAUCAGCUGUUUAUUGCAAUGUUAACACUAUUUUUGACACAAAUGUUUUUUAGCAAAUGCUACAAAAUGUAUUACUUUUAUUGCAGAAUACUUUGUGGUUUCUAUGUGAAGGUGCAAAAGGAAAUAAAUAUUUUUCUCUGGAUCAUUA